ACGCCCCCACACACCCACACACUACCCCAGGAGCGGACGCAUUAACAACACACAUAAUACAUAAUAAUUUUUUUUUGUCAUUGUGCAUUAAUACACUAUCUUAAAUUAUAACAUCUCAUGCGUCAAGAAACUAUCCGAAUAGUAAUAAUAAAAACAAUCUGAAUUGGGGCAGAGAUAUAAAAAGAGGUUCGGUCAUCACUUGUUUGGACCAGUAAUCUAUUUUUCUUCCAUAUCUUCUGUCGUAUUAAACAUGUUUUCAUUGUAUGAUUGUUUUCUGUUUGGGAUACUUUGCGUCUCCACAGCAUUAUGUUGCCAUCACCGUGCUUCAAAGUGAAGAUGGUGUAUUCAGGGUGAUGUACAGAAACCUGAAUAGGAGUGGAAAGAGAGAGAUUAUUUACUGAUUUAAUUUUGCUAACGAAUAUUUUGUUUGAAACUUGUACAUUCUUUGUACAUAAGUUUUGUAUUAUUACAGUGGACUUCUAUAUGGUCUUUGACUAGACCUUUAAACCCCAUUUAUAUGUUGAAAUUUAAGGUAUGGAAUAAUCUAUAGCAACAGGUUUUCUUCCUCAUGUGUCAACUCCGAUCAGCUUCCCUGAAACAUGUUGUGACAUCAACCUUCAGGAAUUUACUCUUUAUGUAAUAACCUCUCAUGUCAGUUGUUGCGUUGAAUCAUAUGAAGAUGGGUGUGUCUCCCUGUUUCACCUGCAUUGGAGUGAGAGGAAGGCUCCCUUAAAUUUUUCCACUUUCUUACUCAACCCGAAUUGCUCUCAGUUGAGAGCAAAUGGGACAUCAUGAUGUUUCAGGUCUGCCUUUUUGAAAGACAGAAAGCUGUUUUUUUCCUUUGGGCUGAUGGGAAUGAAACUCCUGGGGGCUUCUAGUACUUUUCCCCACGUCGAGGCAACUUUGUAAGCUGCCUCGCCUCCACAGUGAGUCAAUUUAAAGGUUUGGGCCUUUUAAACAAGCAUCACUAGCACCUGAAGGCUUACCUGGCUGCAUAUCUUCUCCUCAAGACUCUUCCAAACAACCUUGUAGCAGAAAUAAAAUGGAGGACCCUUGGCAAAAGGCUUAUGACUUUGCAGUUGCUGUUGCAAAAAAGGCUGGAGAGGAAAUUCGAAAAGCUGGCGAGAGUGAAAUAAGGGUGAUGACCAAGAGCUCUACUGUGGACCUUGUCACCAAGACUGACGAGAGGGUGGAGAAAAUCAUCAUUGGGUCUCUAAAGCAGGAAUUCGGAGAAGGAACACACUGUUUCAUUGGGGAAGAGUCUGUUGCAAACGGUGAGCCGUGCAUCUUGACCGACAAACCUACGUGGAUCAUCGACCCAGUAGACGGCACCACAAACUUUGUGCAUGGGUUCCCAUUCGUGGCAGUUUGUAUUGCCUUUGCUAUCAAUAAACAGUUGGAGUUUGGUGUGGUGUACAGCUGCUUGGAGGACAAGAUGUAUAAAGCAAGGAAAGGGAAGGGUGCAUUCUGCAACGACGAACCCAUUCAAGUUUCUGAUGUGAAAGAUAUCCACAAGUCCAUUAUCAUUUCUGAACAUGGAAUUGAUAGAAGUCCAGAGAAAGUGACCAAAAUCCUUUCCACCAUGCAAAAGAUUCUGUGCAUCCCAGUUCAUGGGCUCCGAGGGUCAGGAACAGCUGCUACCAACAUGUGUCUAGUGGCAACCGGGGCGGUGGAGGCCUUCUUUGAGAUCGGGAUCCACUGCUGGGAUAUCGCUGCUGGAGCAGUUAUAGUCCAAGAAGCUGGAGGAAUCCUUCUGGACGUUGAUGGCGGGCCAUUUGACUUGAUGUCUCGAAGAAUGGUCUCAGCAAACAACGAUGUCAUUGCCAAACGGAUCAUCAAGGAAAUUGAAAUAUUCCCCUCAGCGAGGGAUGACGCACCAAUUGAGGAAAAGUGAGAAGAUUUUUAAAGGCUGGCUGCUCUGAAUUAGCAUAUGGACUGGAAAAUGAGGACAAGAGAAAAGUAUGUUUUCUACAUGUGUAAAUUAAGUUACUAUACCACAGUCAUUCCUGAUUGUCUAAGUGUGAAAGCUUGGUGUGAUUUGUUGGUAGCAUAUUUUGCCCAAUCAUAUCAUUUUACUCAUCAUUUCAAGCUUGCAUUAAAUUUGAUUGCCUCACUGUUUUGUGUCUAUCAAAUAUUUUAAUUAAAGAAGGAGAUGGUUGUAAUUUUGAUUUUA